AUGUUACUAAGACGGAGUUUCGUCAUAAACCGGUGCGUUUCUAGGGCUGACCAACCAAAGUUGUUUUCUGUAGCCUAUCCACCAUCAAAUUGGACCGAGGUCUCUUCACUAAAAUUACUCUUAGCCUCAGCACUCCUACCAAAUAGCCCUCAGUCUCGCUUCCUCGCAACGGUCGGUAAGCCGAAGACGACGCCCACACUCGUUGACUGUUCCAGCCUCUUUCGGUUGAGUCGUCGUCAUAGCGGCCGACUGGGCAUGUGGUUGACCAUGGCGGAGGUUGCUGCUGGAGGGGGUGGUGACAAUCCUGUCAGCUGGGCGAAGAACACGACUAGCAUAUUCCUCGCUUGA